AUGAUCUCCGAUAUGCAACCUCUGGAUCUCAACGACGAGAAGGUACGCAAAGCUUGUUUGAAAACAAGGGAAUUGAAUAUUCCCGAUCGAAAGACACUGCCGGUGCUGACGAAGCUACUGAAAGAGAGUGGUGGGAAUUGGCAUAUCAUAAGAUUGGAUAACUAUUCCGCAUUGAUCGAUGCUAUUUACUCUCUUGAAGAAGAGAAGACGCAGAGUGAAGCUUCAUCAUACAAUGGCAAUAGAGGGAAGAGUGUUGUGGUCAUUGACUCUCCUCCUACUCUGAAGCAAAGUGAAGGCUCGUCUAAUGGCAAUAGAGGGAAGAAUGUUUUGGGCACUGACACUGCUGCUGCUGCUCUGAAAAAGAAAUAUGAAACCCGUUCUGCAAUCACCGGCUCGUCCACUGAGCUAGUCCAGAAGCCUCGCAAGAGGAAGUUUAAAAUUGUUUCUGACAUAACGAAAGGUUCGGAGAGCGUUCAGAUAUCUCUGGUUGAUGAAGUUGGGACUGAGAAAGUGCCCAAGUUCACUUACAUCCCUCACAACAUCGUCUACCAAAGUGCUUACCUGCAUGUGUCUCUGGCUCGGAUUUGCGAGGAAGAUUGUUGCGCAAACUGCACUGGAGACUGUCUCUCGGCCGACUUUCCAUGUGCUUGUGCUCGUGAAACCAGCGGAGAGUAUGCUUAUACGAAAGAAGGGUUGCUCAAGGAGAAGUUUCUGGACACUUGUCUUGAGAUGAAGAAGUCACCAGAUAAAUUCGAUAAGGUUUACUGCCAAGACUGCCCUUUAGUGAGAGAUCACGAAAGGGGCACACAAGGCAAAUGUGAAGGACACUUGAUCAGAAAGUUCAUUAAGGAAUGCUGGAGAAAGUGUGGAUGUGAUAUGAUGUGUGGAAAUCGAGUGGUGCAGAGAGGGAUAAGGUGCCAACUGCAGGUUUACUAUACAAACGAAGAGAAGGGAUGGGGUAUAAGAACACUGCAAGACUUGCCGAAAGGAACCUUUGUCUGUGAAUACAUUGGUGAAAUAUUGACCAACACGGAGUUGUACGAGCGGAAUUUAAGAUCUACUAGUGAACGCCACACAUAUCCUGUAACUCUGGAUGGAGACUGGGGUUCUGAAAAGGAAUUGAAAGAUGAAGAAGCUCUCUGCCUGGAUGCCACAACCUGUGGAAAUGUCGCUAGAUUCGUCAAUCACAGAUGUGAGGAUGCAAACUUGAUUGAUAUUCCGGUAGAAAUAGAGACUCCUGACAGACAUUAUUAUCAUAUUGCCUUUUUUACCAUACGAGAUGUGAAGGCCAUGGACGAAUUGACAUGGGAUUACAUGAUAGACUUCAGUGAUGAGAGUCAUCCAGUAAAGGCGUUUAAGUGUUCGUGCGGAAGCGAAUUAUGCAGAGACAAAAUUACAAGAGGAUCUCGAGGCAAGUCUAUGGAAAGAAGAAAGAUUGUUCCUUCUAAAAAACAACCAGGUCCCAAAGCGAUGGCAUUAAGGCGCAAAUGA